GUCAUGAAUAAUGCCUGAAGACCAUUAAUGGGUCGGAUGAUGAAUGCAAGGAGUUACAAUGUGCCCUGAUUUCCUUUAAUUGCUUGUCACUCAUUGUUUGCAUGUUAAAUAAACAAUGGAGCUACAAACUCUUACGUCGACAUUUAUUGUGAAUGAAAGUAUAAAUAGGGAUCACACCAAGAAGAGGAUUCACUCAGACACCGGCUAGCUUUGCAAUUCACACCUCCUCCUCCUAGCCACAGACAGGAUGAAGCCUGAAGCCUCGGUGCCUGUCUGCUUUCUGUGCCUCCUUGCCUUGUCAUCAGCAUGCUACAUCCAGAACUGCCCGAGGGGAGGCAAGCGGUCCUACCCUGACACAGAGGUCCGACAGGUGAGUGAACAGGAAUGAGAGGCUUAUAAGACUUGUAGUCAAAUGGAUACAGACUUUAACAUUUUAUUAUUAUUAUUAUUAUUAUCAUCAUUGGCAUUUUUAGGUACAUAUAAAAUAAACAGUAUGGAUUUGUACAUGGAGUUUGCUAGUGUAUAAUACGGCGGGGGGAAAACAAACUUUUUCUUCUACAAGUAUCUAGCUGAUUUCUAUAGUUUAGUUACAGUAACACAUAACAACAGAGCAGAUGCAAAGAUCACUUCGAAAGGCAAUUGUGAGGCAUUUCAAAAUGAAAAACUGCCAAAGCUCUCCGAUAGCAAGGAUUUAUAUCAGAUAAUAACUUUUUAUCUUAUUUUAGUAAAAACACCAUUCUAGAGGAAUAUGUUUUGAUUUAAAUUCCUACAGGUGGUUAGAUAAAAUGAACGUUUAACAUUCAGCACCCUGGACAGCUCCCUGCUCAUUUUUUCUACUAGCAUGUUGCAUUGGACAGCCCAACACUAACUCAUUCUUCCUCGCAGGCUGGAUGGCUGCAGGCCUCCAGUAUAUGUUAGACUACAGUAAAUAGAAUUCUUUAUUUAUAAAAUAUUUUACUAGGAAGGAUACAUUGAGAUUUCUCUCGUUUUUAAGUAUGUCCUGAGUCCACAAACAUUCCACUGUUACAAUAGAGUACAAUAUAAUGUUAAAAAUACAAUAUAAUAUUAAUACCCAACAUAUAUAUAAACGUAACACAGAACAGGUAAGAAAUAAAGUCAGCCAUGGUUACAGGUGCAUUCUAUAUUGAGAUAUGUUGCCAUAGAUGUCUUAAAGUUAGUCAUGAGGGCACAUAUUUUACAGUCCAGUGCAGUGAACUGCUACUCCCAGCAGGCUGGAUGAUCCUAGAAUCAGGGAGUAGAUGUGCCUGCAGCUAAGCUGAAAUGUGUGCAGGUUUGUAAAGAGAGGCCCUAAAAGCUGAUUCAACUGCAAUUCAACUGCAUGGUCAGGCAAUCAUUUUAAAUUCAGUUGUAGAAUUAAAAGUUAAAACCAUCUUAUUGUUAGACCAUCAUAAAGAGAGUUAUAUGAGUCUUGACAUAGUGCCCUGAUUGGUUAGCCUGAUUUAGAAAACCUUAUGUUUGUAACUCUACUGGUGUAGUCAGGAUUGCUUAAAUUCUACUUCAACACUUUGUGUCAGUAUUUUAGAAAUGGGGUGUUUCAGAUAUACACAUUUAUUUAAACCUAGAAUAAUUACAAUCUCUAUAUUUAAUUAUUGUUUUGGGGGGGGGGGGUAGGGGGCUGUAGUGAUGGCUAGUCAUGUGAUAAUGUGUAAAGCUAACUGUGCUCAUUAUAUUGUGUAAAAAUGUGUGGUUAGUUAUUUUUUAUUUUUAUUUUUUUGAAAGAUUUUUUUUUUCUUCAAAUUUCCAUUUUUGGGCAAUAUAUUUAAAAGAACACUCAACUUACCAGAACUGCUAUAUCACAUAUCACUACUAUAAACGAUGCCACUUGUUCUUCAAAAAAAUAUUCUAAAUAUUUCAUUGUAUAAUUAUACAUUUUCUGGAAUUAUUUACAAUAGGCUUAUUUAAAAACAAGUACUUUACAUACAAAAUAAUGUUGAUAGACACAAGAGAUAGAAACAUAGAAUGUGACGGCAGAUAAGAACCAUUCGGCCCAUCUAGUCUGCCCAAUUUUCUAAAUACUUUCAUUAGUCCCUGGCCUUAUCUUAUAGUUAGGAUAGCCUUAUGCCUAUCCCACGCAUGCUUAAACUCCUUUACUGUGUUAACCUCUACCACUUCAGCUGGAAGGCUAUUCCAUGCAUCCACUACCCUCUCAGUAAAGUAAUACUUCCUGAUAUUAUUUUUAAACCUUUGUCCCUCUAAUUUAAGACUAUGUCCUCUUGUUGUGGUAGUUUUUCUUCUUUUAAAUAUAGUCUCCUCCUUUACUGUGUUGAUUCCCUUUAUAUAUUUAAAUGUUUCUAUUAUAUCCCCCCUGUCUCGUCUUCCCUCCAAGCUACAUAUGUUAAGAUCCUUUAACCUUUCCUGGUAAGUUUUAUCCCACAAUCCAUGAACCAGUUUAGUAGCCCUUCUCUGAACCCUCUCUAAGGUAUCAAUAUCCUUCUGAAGAUACGGUCUCCAGGACUGCGUACAAUACUCCAAGUGAGGUCAUGAGAUAAAGAAGGCAUACAAGCUCACAAUCUAUGAGGAUAAGUAGUAAUGUGAAUUCUUAUUGCUCCUCUAAUCCUUAGAAAAUAAAGCUAUGUACUAUAUAAAAAAUUAAUUAAAAAUUAUGUUUUCAUUAUGAAAACUGCUUAGGUACUCCUCGAGGAAACGACAGACAAUUCUCAAAGAAAACCUUCUAGACUAGUUGGAAAAUUAAACUAUUUUGGCUUAAACUCCUCAGGCUUCUGCCAGUGAUCCAAACAGUUACACAGGCAAACUGCUGUCUAUAGAAUAUUCCAAAAUACAGCAGCUCACAAUGGAUGGAGGAAAAUUAACAAUAUAAAAACCAGAAUACUUUUAAAGCUAAAUAACAGCUUUGAAAAAUAGCAAAUUUAACCUAAAUGUCUUCGGAAGGUGUAAAUUAUGCUGUAUGGUUAUUUGCCAGCCAUCGGUUUUCAUUAUCUUGCUAUGUAUAAACUUAAUUUUCUUAAACUAGAGCAGAGUUAGCCCUUACACUUAUCUGUGUCUUAUUCUGUUCUCUGAACUCGUAGACAGAGAUCCAGAUUACAGCGGUCUGGUUAAACGAUCAGCUAUAAUCGGUACUAUAGACCUAUUGUGUCUGUCCGAUCCAUCUUACUAGUAAGUGUCCUUGGACAGGAAACUAACAGAUAUAAAUCUGCCUACCUCAAAUCCUCAUAGAUUGUAAGCUCUUCUGAUCAGGGCCUGCUUCACCUCGAAAUAUCUUCUUUCUAUAAUUGCAAAGUUCUGAGCAACAUGUUGGCACUAUAUAAAUAAUCAUUCACCUUUAUGGCCACCUUGCAUACAUCGUAUGUGUUAACUAAUUUAUCUGCAGGCCUUUUGGAUUGGCAAUUAAAAAUAGCAAGCAAUUCUGGGGAAAACUUAUAAAUGUGGUUAGCAGGCUAGCAGAUAGCAGGUUAAACAUUUCCUAUUUUGUACCCCCUUUUAAGAGUUAAUUCUUAUUUUGCUAUUGAUUAGUGAAUCGGUUUAAGAGGAAUUGAUAUAAAAAUAUGUUCCACUGUUCCAUUUUGAGCACUUAAAAACUAAAGUGGUAGCUGCGCCAAAAGCAAAAUAUAUUUCACAAACAUUUGGUAUUCUGAGGUUUGUUACCCCAGCAUUAGAGGGAACAUACCAGGUUAGUGUAGCUGUUAGUUUUUACAGAUGACAAUGUGUGUCAGAUAGCUAUAGCAUUGCUUGUUUUCCUUGCAGUGCAUACCAUGUGGUCCUGGGAAUCGAGGAAAUUGCUUUGGCCCAAACAUUUGUUGUGGUGAAGAUCUGGGAUGUUAUGUUGGGACACCUGAGACCCUGCGAUGUGUGGAAGAAAACUACUUGCCUUCUCCUUGUGAAGCCGGAGGAAAGCCCUGCAGUACCGGUGGAAGAUGUGCCGCCCCAGGAAUAUGCUGUACUGAUGGUAAUGGUGGAAAAUCCUUCAUCUCAUAGUAUAAACAUCCUGUAACAUCUGUAACAAACAAGACUAAACUACAGGUGCCUGGAGUAUUAAGUAGAAAGAGCAAAUCGGGAGUAACAUUAAAAAAAUGGCAAUCCCAUUACUAUUGUAUGAGACACUACCUAUCGUGGUCCGUACAAAUAAAAAUUGGGUUAUUGCCAUUGCUUAGAACCUUAAGGAUUUCAUUCAUAACUCCUUAAGGAUUGCAAUAUGGUCUCAAUAGACCCGCUACUUAUUUUUACCUUUGCCGCAAUAAACCAUCCAUUAGAUGAUUGAGAAGUCACAUGUAAUCUGUGGGUGCCAAUGAAAAUUUAUGAAGGCUGUUCUAUUACAGUCUCUAUAAAGGCUUUGUCCAAUGGGACAAUCGGUUUGCAGUUCUUUAGACAGGACAAUAAUGCUAAGCAGACUCCUCAUUAUUUCCAUUAGUGUAAUUAGUGAGGCUUAGAGGGAUUGAUAUUAUUGCGCUACCUCAUUUAGCAGGCACUUCGCACUGUCCAGAUUUACUAUGCGGGGUCGAUAACCCUUUGACAAAGUAAAUAGUUUCUGUCAGCUGUUACCAGCUUUAGAAAUGUCCUCAGGUAAAACAAUGCAAACACUUCUAGCAUAUCACGUUCGGCUUAAAGGAACAGCGGGUAAAGGCGGCCCUGCCCAAACAUACUUACAAUCUCAAAAAAUGCUUUUUAGAUUGUAAGUUAAUUACUUAAAGAGACAAGUGUUUUCCUUCUAAUUCAUAAACACAUAUGAAUUAGGAGGAAACUCUCAGGUCUCGUAAUACAUCUCACAUACCAGAUUUCUGCAAAAAAUUAACUCCAGGACAUGUUUCUUUGUGUUAAAAUGUUCCUCUUCUGUAAAUCCCAGACACCAGUCACGUAUUUUUUGUAACCCAGUGGAUCCACUCACCAAAGAAGAGUGAGCACUCAGAUUUCUGUGCACUGGCUAGGGCUGUUACUAUAUUGUUUCUGUUGUAAGUGUGUCAUAAUUUCAGAAGGCAUUAAUACCUUAGGUAUUACAAUAAAUCAGGAGGGAUAAUAGUUGGUAAGAAAUUGACAUAGACUUAAGUUGGAGCAUAUAAAGUAAGGAUGGUAACUUUUGUGAUAAAAAGCAGGGCUGACCUGUAUUGGGUGUGAGUUCUAUUUCAAUAUAAAUUCAGGUGAUUGGUUCUGCUUUCUGCAGCCAACAUAUCCUUGGGGCCUACUACAUCUUGAAUCCCACUCCAACCUAAAGUGCACUCCACUGCCCAAGUACAAGAAAAUAAAUAAAAAUAACUGUCUGGUAGCUAUAUCCCAUAUGCAAACAUGCAUGCAUUUAAUUAUACAUUUUCCACGGGAGUACAUCUAAAAACAUAAACAGCUUGUAAAAGCCACAGAUCUUUAUCUGCUGCCUUUGCAAACACUCCCCAUCUAACCCCAAUCCAGACUUGAUGUGGUUCCAGUAGAUGCAGUUUCCCAUUUGUGGCUGUAUUCCUUAGCACCAUGUGAUGACAUGGAUGGCAUGAUAAAUCAAUAAGCAUGCAGCUCAGUUAGGGCUCCCUUAUAGUAAUCAUCGUGAAUGGGAAGAGUAGCAGGAUAUGGUCAGAGAAAGCUAAAAUGGGAUACCUCCCAUAACAGAAACCAAUGGUGAUAUUCGCUGAAUUGUGAAUUGUUGGGAAGACAAAGUUAAAUGAAAGUAAAUUUACAAUUUUAGACCAAAAAAACUAAUUGAAAACACAGUUUACAUGUAGAAUGUUUCGAAUUUGGCUAUUUAGCCCAAAAUUCGGUUUAAAUUCCAUUCUUCAAAAGAAGAUACCAUUGAAGAAAAUUACCAGCUACUUAAUUCAUCUGAAUUUGUGCUUAGGAACUGUAAAUGCCCCCCCUCCUCCCCUUCCUUCUCUCACACUUUACAGCAACUUUUGAUUUUCAUAAUUCAUGGCUGCAUCCCAGGAGCGAAGAAAGAGCAAAAAAAAAAAAAUAAGUGCUUUGGGCACAAUGAGCAAACCACCACAACUCUUGUAUUUUACAGAUGUUGGGGUCAUUUUAGAAAGCUUGAUUCCUGCCCAUUAAUUCUGCCCAAACACUCAUAGGCAGGGUAUUUGACUGUAUUUAAUUAACUAUUUUUUCACACCUAAUAUAUGUGACUAAAUUGUAUUUUUGCUUCUGAGCAAGAGUAGGGAUACAAUACAGUACAUAAAUAUUCUAUCCCCCCGCGCCCCCCAAUAUUGCCAUCAAUAAUAAACAAAUAAGUAAAAAAUAAUACAUUUAUGCAAAUUGACUACUUUUCAUUUUAUUAGGAACCUCAGAACGUCCAUCUAAUAAAAAAAAAUGCUUUAAUUCUGUAUUUAUAUACUAGCUUACUAGUUAGUAUCGACAUGUUUUAACCCCUUAAGGACACAUGACAUGUGUGACAUGUCAUGAUUCCCUUUUAUUCCAAAGGUUUGGUCCUUAAGGGGUUAAAUACACGCUAUACUAUUUUUAAAAAUGGGAAGUUUCGUAGAGAAAGGAUUAAUUAUUAAUUAAUUUUUUAGUUAUGUACUUGUGUGUCCUUUAGUUAGUCAUUUCUGUAUUUUCCGAAAUAUUUCUUAUCAUACGUUGCAUACAAUUUUAAUAUUAUAAUAUAGCUUGGUAUUUUUUCUUUACACAGUACCCAUUUUAUUAAGAUUUCUUUGGUAUAAUGAAGUAAAACGUUUUUGCUUAAUUAAUGUUUGUUUCAUUUCUAUGUAUUUUUUUUUUUUUACGUAGAAUGUUUAGUGAUAAUUAUAUUUUAUAAAUGAUAAACCAUAGUACCCCUUAUGUACGGAAACCACAAUUCCUAUCAUGCUUAUCCAGCUCAAAAACUUGCAGGGCACUGUGGGAAAUUUGGUUCACAAACCUAUCAUGAUUGCUUUAGUGUAAUAUUUUUGAGCCACUGAUGUGUGAUUAUAAUUUAAUCUUUCCAUGUAUAUUGUUGAGGAUUAGAUCUAAAAUUAAGUAUUCACAAUACCAUAUUUGCUUGCUUUUUUUUUUACAACAGAAUAGUUUAGAUUGUUCACUUUUGUUACAAUGCAAACUGACCUCGGUGUCCAUGCGAAAUUGUUUUUUCUUUCUUUUUACAUUCUUCGUAGACAACUGCAGCAUAGACUCUGGCUGUUUAGAGGAGGACAGCGAAGGGCGAAGGGUCCCCCCGGAGAAAAACAUGACCCAGAUGGAUGGUUCCGCCAGCGAUUUCCUCCUGAGGCUCAUGCACAUGGCCAACAGACAGCAACAAGGAAAACACCAGUUCUAUUGAGCUCGAAAAUCAAUCUAUUGUAACAAAUAUCUUUCUUUGUAUCAUGUGAUUAAAUCAAAUUCUCUAUUUAAGACUGUAAUGACAUAAAAUAACUAAUGGUUUAUUGUACAUAGAACAAAUAAAGUUUUAUUGCACUGUUAAUAUGAAA